ACAGUAGUCAUAUGACUGUAUCCGUCCUCUAUGACGGAAGUCUCCAAAACAAUUUAAAAACACGGGUCGUUCUGUCGGGAGACGACGACCAUGAUCGCCACAGUCUUGUUGUUGUUGUCUUCUCUGGCCGUGUUUCAGGGCUUCUGCGUGGCCGACUACGCUCCAGAUGAGGUGAAGGACCUUCCCGGAAUGAAGUUCAAACCGAACUACCGCCAGUGGUCCGGUUACCUGAGGACUCGGCCCGGGAGGUUCCUCCAUUACUGGUUUGUCACCUCUCAACGUGACCCUGCCAAGGACCCGCUGGUGCUGUGGCUGAACGGAGGUCCCGGCUGCAGCUCCCUGGAAGGGUUCCUGUCUGAGAACGGGCCGUUCCAUGUGCGAGACGAUGGGGCCACGCUGUACGAGAACAAAUUCAGCUGGAACAACAUCGCUAACGUGUUGUACAUCGAGUCGCCGGCAGGAGUCGGAUAUUCCUACGCUGAUGACAAAAACUAUGCCACCAACGAUGACGAGGUGGCUGCUGACAAUUACAAAGCUCUCCAGAGUUUCUUCACCAAGUUCCCAAACUUCACACAGAAUGACUUUUUCAUCUUUGGGGAAAGUUAUGGCGGAGUCUACGCUCCAACACUCAGCCUGCUUGUGGCGACUGGAAAAGAAAAAAUGAAUCUCAAGGGCUUUUCUGUGGGCAACGGAUUAAGCAGCUACGCUCUCAAUGACCAGUCGCUGAUAUAUUUUGGUUACUACCAUGGACUCUUUGGAGAAGAGCUGUGGCAAAAUCUCAACUUCCACUGCUGCAACAACGGCGAUUGUAACUUCUCCAACUCCAGCUCUGAGUCCUGCCAGAUAUACGUGACCGUUGGCUUCAAUAUUAUCUAUGAAAGUGGACUGAAUAGGUACUCGCUUUACCUGGACUGCCUGGGUGGGGGAGUGUUACGGAGGAGCUACGAGGUCAGCAUGAGUCAUCUGUUCAGGAACUACCGGACACACAAUAAAGUCCUCAAGUACAUGGAUCGAGUUCGAACGAAAGCGUCCUUCCGUGAGAUGCCCCCCUGUUUGAAUGGUACGGCCCAGACUAACUGGCUGAACAGAGGAGAUGUGAGGAAAGCUCUGCACAUCCCAGACAUCCUGCCACGUUGGGAAGAAUGCAGUGAUCAGGUCGCAGCCAGCUACAAGUCAGUGUACGACACGAUGAAGGAGGUCUACAUGAAGCUGCUGUCUCUGGGCCUGCGUGCUCUCGUCUACAACGGAGACACAGACAUGGCCUGCAACUUCCUGGGAGACCAGUGGUUUGUGGAGGACCUUGGCUUCCAGCCGACCACGACAUACCAGCACUGGCUCUACGACGACCAGGUCGCUGGUUUCUACCAGCGAUAUGGAAACAUCACUUUCUUGACUGUGAAGGGUGCUGGUCACAUGGUGCCACAGUGGGCUCCGGGUCCAUCUUACCACAUGUUCCAGUCGUUUUUAACGGGCCAGUCGUACUGAGCGACUGUUCUCUUUUUUUUUUGUUUUGGUGGAUGGGAGGGAAAGGGGGUCAAAAGGGAAUUUUAACCAUGUUAAAAAACUGUUCCUGCUGGGUUUGAGUUAUUCAUGUCGCCUCGAAUCAUGGUGUCAAUUUCAGUCGUGUCUUCGUCACGUUCCUGCUGCUAAUGAGCUGAAACAGAGAGAUUAAAGUCCAAAUCAAAACAGCUGGUGGGUUUUUCAGGUUUAUUUAUUACAUGAUUUGUAUGAUUGUCAGUUAUUUAUUGUCUUCACUAAUUGGCGACCAGCAAGUUGCAAUGUUACGACGUCUGCUAUUUACAAAGUUUCAUAAGAAGGAAAAACAUCAGGUUACACAAAUGACAAAAAUAAGAUAAAACAACCAGAACUGAACCCCAAGAUAUGUAUGACAACCCAAAUUCAAUGAGUAAAAAUGGAACUUAGUCCCUUUGGUUCGUCUUUUAAAAUCCAACCAUAAGUUGUUCAUAACAAAUAUACAACAUGUGCAGUGUUAUUUGGGCCGUGAGUGGUAUAAAAACUGGCAGCAACAUAAAGAAAUCCCUUUGAAAGAACCACAUUCACAGCUUUGGUCAGACAGCAACUUAUAGGCAAGAACUGAAGACAAAUUACAUUCACUGCUUCUCACUUCCACCUUUAAAUGUGGGGUCAUCUCUCAAGAAUCAUUCCAGGAUGAGUAAUGUGUUGAAUUCUAAUGUCAGAAUUCGUCCGCUGAGCAUUAAAAAAAACCCUGCUAAAUCUAUUAAAUAUCUUGAAGGUUACGUUGUCGCAGUUAAUCCCACCAUCCAGUUGGCAGAAUUUUUCUGUAAAGUAAACACAAGUCCUGAGAACUUUAUCACGUCCUUUUCAAGAAAAAGAGAUUUAUUUAAAAUGCUCUGCAUAUUAAAUAAACCGGUGCAAGAGUAUCAUUAAAGUCUACUUACGAGGUCUACAUAAUACAUACGUCCCUUCAGCUGUUCACGCAGGAAUGCGCUGGACACAAACUUAGAACAGCUGUGGUAAUAAAAACAUUUAAAAAUCUACAGAAGGAGCAGCAGUCCCAAGCACCAGCAUGCACUCUACUUCUGAGGGUGUGAUGAUUAAAAUGAGGUUGUCGAUCACUUCCUGUUCUCACGAAUAGCAGCAGGGGUUGAUUCCUUCCGUUGUCCGCGGCAACACACCGCAAACUCAGCGAUAAGGUUGUUCUUUUAGUUCACGACAUCUUGGUAGAUGGAGUUGGUGGUGGUUAGGCCAAAGAUGAACACUCCGACCGUUACCAUGACGACACUGGAGACCAUCAUCACAUGCCAGCUUUAAAACAGAAGACG